UGUUGUCGAGGUCUUCUUCGUUAAGCCCUCCACAAAAUCUCCUCAUCAUACUUCAUCUGCGAGUCCUAGGCUAAAUCGACACAGACAAGCCUUGACCCCAGGCUUGGGACCUGUUUCAGUCAUGCCUCCUCCACGUGCUGACGAUGAGGCUCCGCCAACAGACCUCACCAACGACCACCCCCGCAUGGAAGGCACCAAUACCAGCCGCAGCAGCAGUAACAAUGAGCCCAUGACUGAUGAGAAGGCCAUGCAUCAGGGCGGUCCUGGCGGUCCGGACCGGCGCCGCCGCAGCUCAGUCGCUGCACUGCUUCAGAACCCACUCGCAGGCUUGACCCAGGAUCAGGUGCUCGCCGACGUCGACAACUUUACUCAGAGUAAGGGUCUGACGGAAUACCAAGAAGUCUUCCGCAAGGGCGCUCUCGUUGCUCAGGUCAACAACCAGGAUGGCGCUUUCGAGCGUAUUGAAGUGCUCGACGAGGACGAGAAGAACGUCUUGCGUAGGGAGCUGACCCACCGCUGGAGCCAGCCCUUUAUGCUGUACUUCCUCUGCACUCUCUGCGCCGGAUCCGCCAUUGUUCAGGGCAUGGAUCAGUCGGCCGUCAACGGCGCUCAAGACUUUUACUUCCAGGAGCUCGGCUUGGCAGACAUGUCAGCAGAGAUCCGGGGACUUGUCAACGGUGCCCCCUACCUCUGUUCUGCGCUCAUCGGCUGCUGGACCAACCCUUUUCUCAAUCACUGGUUCGGUCGUCGCGGCACCAUUUUCAUCAGCUGUGGCCUGUCCGUCAUCACCGGCUUCUGGCAAGCUGCUGCCAACAACUGGUACAACCUUCUCAUCGCCCGUUUCUUCCUUGGUUUCGCCGUCGGCGCCAAGUCUUCCACCACCCCCGUCUACUCGGCCGAGUCCACACCCAAGACCAUUCGUGGUGCCCUCACCAUGAUGUGGCAGAUGUGGACGGCGUUCGGCAUCGCCCUUGGUACCAUUGUUGGCGUCGCCUUCUCUGGAGUGACGAUCUUCGGCGAGGAGACUCAAUGGCGUUGGAUCAUGGCCUCCACCUCCAUCCCUCCCCUCGUCGUCAUGGUCCAAGUCUACCUGUGCCCCGAGUCUCCCCGCUGGUAUAUGGAGAAGGGACGUUAUCCCGAGGCCUUCAAGGCAACCUGCCGUCUUCGAUACACCAAGGUCCAGGCUGCCCGCGACAUGUACUACGCCUACAAGCUGCUCGAGAUUGAGAGCGCCGAGCGUGAGGGUCGAAGCUGGAAAGAAUUCUUCACAGUGCGAAGAAAUCGCCGUGCCGCACAGUCCUCGUGGUUUGUAAUGUUCAUGCAACAAUUUUGUGGUGUCAAUGUCAUCGUCUAUUACUCUAGUGCGUCUAGCCCUUCAUCUACAUAUUUCUACGGGUAUGGUGCUAACAGGAGAACAGUGAUCAUGUUCCAGAAUGCCGACUUCACGCGGAACGAGGCUCUUCUCGUCACUAUGGGCACCGGUCUUGUCAACUGGCUGUUUGCUAUUCCGGCCAUUUACACAAUUGACACGUUUGGACGCCGCAACCUUCUGCUGGUCACCUUCCCGUUGAUGUCGUUCUUCAUGUUCUUCACAGGCUUCAGUUUCCUCAUCACCGAACAAGCUGCGCGUCUGGCCUGCGUGACGACGGGUAUCUAUCUCUUCAUGGCUGUGUACUCGCCCGGCGCCGGUCCGGUUCCGUUCACGUACUCGGCCGAGGCGUUCCCGCUCCACAUUCGCGAUAUCGGCAUGUGCAGUGCCACGGCCGUCACCUGGGGCUUCAACUUCAUCAUCUCCUUCUCGUGGCUUCCCAUGGUCGAGGCGUACGGUGACACGGGCGCCUUCUGCUGGUACGGCACAUGGAACCUCAUCGGCUGGGUCUUUGCCUACUUCCUCUUGCCCGAGACGAAGAACCUCACUCUUGAAGAGCUCGACAACGUGUUCAAUGUCACCAAUCGGGAACAUGCCGGGUACUACCUGAAGAAAUUACCAUGGUACAUCAAGAAGCAUCUGCUCUUCCAGGACGUCGAGCCCAUGCCCCCGCUGUACGCGUUUGACCAAUCAUCGCCACACGACAAGAAGCACGACAUGGCAGCCGCCGAAGCUUCGCACAGUGAAGGGAUUGUGCGCUAAGCGGUUUGAUGGAAAAGCCUGGCGGUGGACAGUUCGCCUUUUAUUGGUGCGCAUGAUUCCUUUGUACUCAUAUUGCUUGUCUGGAUAUGACGAGGCGAAGAUACCAUUGAUGGGGA